AUGAGUGAAAAAGAACGAUAUAAACCAUUAGAUAUAUUAAAUAUUACUAAUGGUACAUGUUAUCAAUAUUUAACAACUUGUUAUCAAAAUCAAAAUCCAACUAUGUGUCUUGAUUGGCGUGAAAUAUGUGAUGAAAUAAAUGAAUGUUAUCCUGAAAGAGAAUAUCGUUGUCAAAAUGGUCAAUGUGUAGAUAAAAGUCUAUUUGAAUAUAGUAGACAACCAGUAUGUACAGAUGGAUCAGAUUCAAUUAAAACAGCUCUUUCUUUUGCACGACCAUUACUUUAUUGCGCAGAACAUAUAUGUAAUGGACGAAAAUGGUCAUUUUCAUGUAAUAAUGGGUAUUAUGCCAGAUUAUAUCCAUCAAUAAUUGAAUCAACAUGUACAAAUGGACGUGAUUUAUUAUUUACACAACAUAUAUUAUUACAAAAUAAUAAUUAUCAUUUACCUGAUAUAAAACUUUUCAUCAUCUUCAUAAUAACAAUCAUUUAUACCAUCACUGACACAAUAUUUUGA